AUGGAAAAAAUUGGAGCAGGUGGUUGUGGUGCGGUUUAUGAAGUUACUCAUGUUAAACGGAAAAAUUUUGCAGCAGCUCUUAAAGUCGAAUCAACAGCUCUACCAGAUGGAGGUGUAUUGAAAUUGGAAGCUUACGUCCUGGGAAAAUUGAGUAGUGCCACAAAAAAUACUAUCCGCUUGUUACAUUCUGGAAAAAGACCCAAAUACAGCUUCAUUGUGAUGACAUUAUGCGGUCCCGAUUUGACAUUUUUAAGAAAAAUGAAAGGUAUCAAUAAGAUAAAACGAGAUGACGAUCAUUUCUCAUUUGAAACAACUUUGCGCAUAGCAGUUCAGUGCUUGUUCGCUAUUAAAAUGCUUCAUGAAAUCGGUUUCGUCCAUCGCGAUGUCAAGCCGGGUAAUAUGGUAAUCGGUAUAAAUGGACGAGAUUGUAGAACUAUUUUCAUGAUUGAUUAUGGUAUGGUAAGAUCAUUUGCUCUGAAGGAUCCUAAUACAGGAAAAUUUGUACUACGAAAACCCAGAAAGCGAGUUUUGCUGCGAGGUACAUUACGAUAUUGUUCGCCGAAUGUUCAUCGACGUAUGGAACAGGGUAGAAAUGAUGAUCUGUUAUCUUUGCUUUACAUGCUCAUCGAGCUGUGCUCUGGCUUGCCGUGGAAUGCGAUCAAAGAUGAGAAAGUGUUACUGCAAAUGAAGGAAGGAAUUACAACAGAUAAACUUUUUAAGAAAACUCCGACUGAAUUCACACCAAUUUAUGAUCACUUGAUGACACUGCAAUAUAAGGAUCGACCGGAUUACAAAUUUAUAUAUGAUCAAUUCAUGAAAGGUAUUAGGCGAUUGGGAACACACUUCAUGGAUGCGUAUGACUGGGAGGAUGACAAGGACAUUCGGGAAGCUAUGCAGCUGCAAACGGCUUUGUCGUAUCAUGAAGAGGACAGGAGAAGAAAAGAGAAUAGAAAUAAGACUGAGAAGAAAAAGAAGGAUUUCGAUGACCCAUAUUAUCUCGAUUUCCGAUAUUAUCCGACAACCGAUCCAAAGCGUUUCGAGGAGAAAUUAAUACCAAUAUGA